CCGGAGUCCAUAAGGGCAGGUCGCAGUGACCGCACAGCUGAAACUGCUCAUGGUUUGAGAGAUAGGAGGGUCUCAUUACUGUAUUCAUGGUUCUUAAGGAGUAUUUAUCUAGACUUUGAUCGAACUGAACCAGAAAGACUGACACAGUUCAGAGACUUCGGCUGAAGGGAGGAAAAGCUUUCCAGAAGAACCUGGAGAACAAGAGGACCUUUAACUAAAUAGAAAAUGGACAUUUUAUUUUCAAGGCUGUUGCUCGUCCCGGUGUUGCUGAUAUCUCUGCCGUCUUGCGUUUCUUCUGUAGACAAACUCAACAUGUGUAUGGAUGGAAAACACCAGAUAUCAGAGCCCAGACCGGAGGGACAGCUGUAUAAGCAGUGUUCUCCAUGGAAGGAAAGCGCCUGCUGCACAGCAAACACCACAGAAGAAGCUCAUCAGGAUAAUUCGUACCUCUACAACUUUAACUGGAAUCACUGCGGCACCAUGAGCGAGAAAUGCAAGAAGCAUUUCAUUCAGGACACGUGUUUCUACGAGUGUUCACCGCACCUCGGGCCCUGGAUUCAGCCGACGAAUGACUCGUGGCGUAAGGAGCGAAUCCUGGACGUGCCGUUGUGUCGGGAGGAUUGUGAGAGCUGGUACGAGGACUGUAAGAGCGAUUACACAUGCAAAGAGAACUGGCACAAGGGCUGGGACUGGAGCACAGGCAUGAAUCACUGUCCGAAGGGCUCUCACUGCAGCCGCUGGACUGAGAUUUUCCCCAGCGCUCAGGAUAUGUGUGAGAAGAUCUGGUCAAACUCCUACAAGUACACAACCCUCACCAAAGACAGCGGCCGCUGCAUGCAGAUGUGGUUCGAGGGUGCGAACCCUAACAAGAAAGUGGCUGAGUACUAUCUGAACGGUGAUGCGGAGACGGUCACCAUAGCAACAGGCCUGCAUGUGUUUGCUCUUCUCAUGAUGCUGCUGCACUGACAUCAACUACUAGAAUACUGAAAACACAACCGUCUGAGACCCUCGACGGAAUUAUUUCUCUCUGAUGUCAAAAUCACCCAAAAUGCAUUACAUGAGCAUCACAAUCUCACUGUUAUUUGUGAAUAAAUGUUUAAAGACUAAAGAGCCUGCAGGAGACACAUUAAUAAUGGAGGUGUGUUGAUUUUCUGUGCAUGUAAGUCAAUGCAGAAUUAAAGAUCACAUGAUAUUUGUUUAAGCCUA